AGAAAUUACCUACGUACCUGGAUUAUAUAAAAUAGUGGAUGAAAUCUUAGUUAACGCUGCUGACAACAAGAAAGUUUCCGGUGGUCGUAAUGGUUUCGGUGCUAAAUUAGCAAAUAUAUUCAAUACUGAGAUCAUUUUGGAAACAGUUUCAAAUGGCAAAAAAUAUCUCCAAACUUUCAGAAACAAUAUGAUCGUAAUCGAACAACCAAUUCUCACUACUUCAUACGAUUUGGCGGGGUGUGUUAAGGCAGUUCAAAAGUUCUUGAAUAAUGAACAGUUAAACUUCAAUAAUUUUAAAGAAUAUAUGCAAUUGUAUGUGAGUGAUCGCGAAGACUUACAAUCUUCAUUAGUGUAUGAUAAAUGUGAUGAUCGAUGGGAAAUUGGGGCCUUCCUUCUACUGAUUCUCAAUUCCAUCAU